AACGGUGUUUAUAAGCAUUAGGAAGAGAAAGAAGCAAACUUGAGAUUUUUAAUUCAAUCCGAGGAGUUUGUGUUAAUUCGCCAAUCACCAUAGGUCAUCAUUGUAGACGCGUCGAAGUCAUUAACACAAACAAGAAUAUCUUUGACUAAUCAAUCAGUAACUAAUAAGUAAAUUAGGGGUUGGGCUGGGCCAAUGUAUGCGACCUCGAAUAAAGUAAAUAAAUAUCCUAGGCGAUUAUACCAAUGAGAUGCUAUUUCCAACUUCGGCGACGGAUCUGAAAUGACUAAAAUACCCUUAAACCACAGAGUUACCUUUUUAACCAGAUGGUUGGUAUGUAUCAACCUCGUCGCCUCUUCUUCUCCUCUCCUUAGUCCAGAAUAAAUUUUUGUUUCCCCUUGAAACAGUUAAACCCUACACUGAAUUUCUUACCCGCCAAAUUACUUCUCUUUCAAUGCGUCUACUCGUUUCUUCAAUUGAGUUUCCAUGGAUUUAGAUUCUACUCAAAAUUUUCUAUUGUAAUUAAGUGAGUGUCAGGAUCUCCUGUGAACAUCAGAUUAGAUUCUGCAUUGUUUUCUUUUUGUUAUUGGAAUGGCAAACGACGAGCUGGUGAAGUCUGAGAACCGUGAUUUCUCUUUUAGGCAGGAUCAUUUUACGGGUAUUCGACCCAACUAUGAACUCUUCUUCGGUCAUGACUACAAUUCCGCCUUCGAACAGCUACUCGAUAUCAACCUCCAGAUUGGUGCCUCCUAUGAGGGAAAUGAGGUCUGGAACCACCUCCAGAAACACAAUGUGAACGAUGGAACGAAAGAAGAGGCAUGUUUAGAUGUAAACCAAAAUGAUGGCUAUCUCUCUUUUCCUGAUAAUGAUGACUCUGGAACUUCUGAGAUUGAUAAAUCAAUUGUACCUGGAGCCACGGGCGCUAUCCAAAAGCAAGAGUCUCAAGAUAUCGAUGAUAACUUAGAGUUGGAGGUGAGUCAAAGCAUCGAGUUUUCUCAGAAACCUGUCAUGGCUUCUCCUAGCCCUCAAUGCUGGUCUACUGACCAUGAAAUGGUCGUUGGUAUGGAAUUUUCUGAUGCCAAUGCUUGUAGGAGAGCAAUUAAAAAUGCAGCAAUUUCUCUACGUUUUGAGAUGCGGACGAUUAAAUCUGACAAGACUCGCUUCACCGCAAAGUGCAACAGCAAGGGUUGCCCAUGGAGGAUUCACUGCGCCAAAGUUUCUAAUGCGCCAACUUUUACAAUAAGGACUAUUCACGGGAGUCAUACUUGUGGUGGGAUUUCACAUCUUGGUCAUCAGCAAGCUUCAGUCCAGUGGGUUGCUGAUGUUGUGGCAGAAAAGCUUAAAGAAAAUCCGCAUUUCAAACCUAAGGAGAUACUAGAGGAAAUUUAUCGAAUUCAUGGAAUUUCACUGUCUUACAAGCAGGCCUGGAGGGGGAAAGAGCGUAUUAUGGCUACUCUUCGUGGGUCAUUUGAAGAAGAAUAUCGCCUUCUUCCCCAAUACUGUGAUGAAAUCAGAAGGUCUAAUCCCGGGAGCGUCGCUGUGGUUCAUGUGAAUCCGAUCGAUGGGUGCUUUGAACACUUGUUUAUUUCUUUCCAAGCAUCAAUCUCUGGUUUCUUAAAUGCUUGCCGGCCUCUUAUUGCACUGGACAGUACUCUUUUAAAGAGCAAAUAUCCAGGGACGUUGUUACUUGCCACUGGAUUUGAUGGAGAUGGAGCUGUAUUUCCUUUGGCAUUCGCUAUUGUUAAUGAAGAGAACGAUAGCAACUGGCAUCGGUUUCUCUCCGAGCUUCGUAAUAUUCUAGAUGUUAACUCUGAGAAUAUGCCAAAGCUUACCAUAUUGUCCAGCGGAGAGAGACCCGUUGCUGAUGGGGUAGAGGCUAAUUUCCCAACAGCAUUUCAUGGCUUUUGUGUCCAUUAUCUCACAGAACGGUUGCAAAGGGAAUUUCAAAGCUCUGUUCUGGUGGACCUUUUUUGGGAGGCUGCACAUUGUCUCAGUGUUCUCGAUUUCAAAUCAAAAAUCAAUAAGAUCGAGCAGAUAUCCCCGGAAGCUUCCUUAUGGAUCCAAAACUUCUCUCCUGCUCGAUGGGCAUCUUCAUACUCCGAAGGAACAAGGUUUGGACGUUUAACUGCAAAUGUUAUUACCGAGUCACUCAGCAACUGGAUUGAAGAUACCACAGGUCUUCCUAUAAUCCAAAUGAUGGAGUGUAUCCACCGCCAUUUGAUAAAUGUGUUGAAAGAACGCCGUGAAACGAGCUCACAUUGGUCUGAUGUGCUUGUUCCUUCUGCCGAGAGACAAAUGCUUGCUGCUAAAGAACAAUCUGGUGUUCACCGAGUUUACAGAGCAAACGAAACAGAAUUUGAAGUCAUGACUCAUGAAGGAAAUGUCGUUGUAAAUCUGGAAAACCGUUCGUGUUUAUGCGGCCGGUGGCAGGUUUAUGGUUUGCCAUGUAGCCACGCCGUUGGAGCUAUCUUGUCUUGCAAAGAGGACGUUUAUAUAUACACAGAGAGUUGUUUCACUGUAGAGAAUUACAGAAGAGCUUAUGCAGAAACUGUAGAGCCAAUAUCAGACAAAGGUCAGUGGAAAGGAAAUGAUUCAGAGAGAGAUAGCGAAGAUGUAAUAAAAACACCAAAGGCUAUGAGAGUUGCUCCUAGGAAGAGGAGAAUUAGGGCAGAGGAUCGUGACCGUGUGAGGCGUGUGGUUCAUUGUGGUCGGUGUAAUCAGACCGGCCAUUUCAGAACAACUUGCACUGCUCCUAUGUAAUGUAACAGUAGUAGUAUUUGCGGGGUUUUUUAGGUUUUAGGAGAUUUUUUGGUAGAGGAUUUGCUCUCAGUAGUUCGAAAUUAUAAGUUGCUACUAUGGUUUUAGACUUUUAGGUAAAUGUAGCAUGCUACUUCCUUUUUCGACAUGAAAUUGAUCAACUUUUAAUUUGA